AUGGAGAUCAAAGGGGUGCUCGCUCUGCAGAAAAGGCAAGUCCUGAUUCUCUUUGUUUUGCUGGGAUUAUCUCAGGCGGGUCCUGAAUCGGUGCGAUAUUCAGUGGCAGAGGAAACAGAAGUUGGUUCUUUUGUGGCAAAUCUUGCAAGGGAUCUAGGGCUUGGGGUGGAGGAGCUGUCCUCACGGGAGGCCCGGGUAGUGUCUGAUGAUAAUGAAAAGCACUUACAACUUGAUUUACUGACGGGGGAUUUGCUCCUAAAUGAGAAACUGGACCGAGAAGAGCUCUGUGGCUUCACCGAGCCGUGUGUGCUACAUUUUCAGAUGGUAUUGGAAAAUCCUUUAGAGUUUUUUCGGGGUGAGCUGCAUGUCAAAGACAUAAAUGAUCACUCCCCUAUGUUUCUAGACAAGGAAAUACUUAUUAAAAUAUCAGAAAGUACCAGUAGUGGAACCACAUUCCUAAUGGAGAGUGCCCAAGAUUUGGAUGUAGGAACCAACAGUCUCCAAAACUACACACUUAGCCUUAAUUCUCAUUUCUACAUUAAAAUUCGAGACAGUGGUGAUGGAAAGAUAUACCCAGAACUGGUCCUGGACAGAGCAUUAGAUCAUGAGGAGGAGCCUGAGCUCACAUUAACACUCAUAGCACUGGAUGGUGGAUCUCCACCCAGGACUGGAACAACUUUGGUUCUCAUCAAGGUCUUGGACAUCAAUGACAAUGCCCCUGAGUUUGCUCAGAGGCUCUAUGAAGUACAUGUCCUGGAAGACACACCUGCUGGCUCCUGGAUUAUCACCAUUUCUGCUAAGGAUAUGGAUUCAGGAAAUUAUGGGAAAAUAUCAUACACAUUUUUGCAUGCAUCAGAAGAUAUUCGUAAAACAUUUGAAAUCAAUCCAAUAUCUGGGGAGGUUCACUUGAGAUCAUGCCUGGAUUUUGAAGUAAUACAGUUCUACACUAUAAAUAUUCAGGCAACAGAUGGUGGGGGUCUUUCAGAAGAAUGCAGUCUUCUGGUUAAAGUAGUAGAUAUAAAUGAUAAUCCACCAGAAGUGACCAUCUCAUCAUUUACAAAGACAAUUCCAGAGAACGCCUCAGAGACUCUGGUUGCUCUUUUCAGCGUCCGAGACCAAGAUGCCGGGGACAAUGGGAGGAUGGUUUGCUCUAUUCAAGACGAGCUCCCUUUUUUCCUGAAACCAACCUUCAAGAACUUUUUCACUCUAGUUUCGGAAAAAGCACUGGACAGAGAGACAAGAUCUGAGUACAACAUCACCAUCACCGUCACCGACUUAGGGACCCCUAGGCUGAAAACGCAGCACAACAUAACCGUGACGGUCUCCGACGUCAACGACAACGCCCCUGCUCAGCCAACAUGCACGCCAUACACCCAGCUGUCCAGAAUAACAAUUGAGUCCCUGCCCUGUGGACAUCGGCGGUAGUGCGUGAGCGCCACGGACAGGGACUCGGGCGCCAACGCCCAGGUCACCUACUGCUGUACGCCUGCGGACCUGCAAGCUGCACCCCGGCCUCCCUGAGCCAUCAACGCGGACAACGGGCAGCUGUUCGCGCUCAGGUCCCUGACGAGGGCGCUGCAGGUUGUCUCGAAAAGUUCCGGGCGUACGCGGUCAUAUCGCUCGCCGCUCAGCAGCCAGGGCGCUGGCUGGUGCCCAGGGCGUGCAGCAGAGAGGCGGCUACCGGUGACCAAGGUGGUGCGGUGCGGCGACCGGGCCAGAACGCCUGGUCUGUCGCACAGCUGUCGAUCCUUACGAGCCCGGUUGCUCCGGCUGGCUGUUAACGCGAGUGCGGUGCGUCACGGCCCCGGCUGCAGCGAGCGCGAUUUUCCCGGGCCACAGCGGGUCCUGGACCCUGUCCUCACCGUGCUCUUGGGUAUUCGUCGCUUUCAUGUCCCGUGUCGCUCGCUCUUCCUGCUCGUGUGUGGUGUCGUGGCGGGUGCGGGUUGUGAGCAUGGAGCCGGCGCCUGCGGAGUCGCCUGCUCGGGGCCCGAGGGCCACUUUCCGGGCCACUUGGUGGACGUCAGCGGCACGGGGACCUUGUCGCAGAGCUACCAGUAUGAGGUGUGUCUGACGGGAGACUCGGGGUCCAAUGAGUUUAAAUUUCUGAAGCCAAUUAUCCCCAGCCUUCCAGUCCCUGACACUGGUAGGAAUAUAGGGGGAAAUGAGAACUUUAGGAAUAGCUUUGGAUUCAACAUUCAAUAA